UUAGGCGGCUUGAAAGGAGGUGUCUCCGCCCAUCCGCGUCCCAAGGCUGGUUGGGCCAUGGCGGUCUCGGCCCUGCGCGAGGAGUUGGACUCCAAGUUCCUAGAGCUGCUCAGCGACCUGGAGGAGCUGGAGACGAAGCGGGCGGCGCUGAACGCCCGGGUGGAGGAGGGUUGGCUCUCGCUUGCCAAGGCUCGCUAUGCCAUGGGCGCCAAGUCGGUAGGGCCCCUGCAGUAUGCCUCGCAUAUGGAGCCUCAGGUCUGCGUGCGCGCCAGCGAGGCCCAGGAUGGAUCCCAGACCUUCAGGGUGGUCAAAGCCGACGCCCAUAUCCCCGAGGAAGUGGGGCCCCGCGAAGCAUUGUUUUUCAGGAUCAUGAGCUUGGAUUAUGCUCAAGAGGACUGUAUGAUUUUUAACCUUUCUUUCUCCAGCUCUGCGCAGGCGCAGGGGCCCUACCAAGACUCAAGAGUCAGGGUCCUCUGUAGUUCCUCAAGAUCCCUUGAACUGGUUUGGAAUUUUGGUUCCUCACAGCCUGCGGCAGGCCCAAGCCAGCUUCCGGGAUGGCCUGCAACUGGCUGCAGAUAUAGCCAGCCUCCAGACCCGCAUCAACUGGGAUCGAAGUCAGCUCCGGGACCUCCAGAAAAAGCUGAAGGAGUUGGACCCUGGGCCUGCGUGACCUGCAUCUAGUUUUUGAGGCUCUGAGCAUAGCCAUCUUGGAUGCCACCACCCUAUCUCAGGCCAUCUUCUUUCCUAAAUAGCCCCUGUCUCAGCCAGUGGCUCUCCGAGAAACGUCCUUAGUCUGUUGUUUCAGCUUUGUGAGGCAGAAGUUUGAUGCCGCAAGCUGAGCAGUGCUGAAAGCAACUUAUUAAACCACUACUGGGUCCAUGUUCUCAGAGGGCCUCCCUCCUGGGGGUAAUCUAGUGAACCGGCAAAGAGCCUGGCAUCAGCCAGCUGGGAUAAUGGAAACACUGCAGGGAUGGUGACAGGGAAGCCAUGGAGCCUGGAAACUUGAGACAGGUCGGGACAAUUGCCGUCAGUAAACAGACGUCUGGCUGGGUGUGGUGGUACAUGCUUGCAGUCCCAGAAACUCUAGGGCCUGAGGCAGGAGGAUCACUUACAACCAUGUAGUUAGAGACUGACUAGCCUGGGCAACAGAUCUGUUCCUUAAAAUUAGAUAGAAAAGACAACACACAAAU